AUGUCUGAUAAGGAACUGGAAGAGUUCCGUGAAAGCGAAUUCCAAAAAGCACAAGCUGAAGAAGAACGAAAACGGAAAGAAAGAAUAGCAAACCGUAAGAAUAAGAGAAAAGAUGAAAUGUCAGAAGAUAGAUUCUUGGAAGAGAAAGGAAUGCGCGAAGCCCAAAAGAGGGAAGCAAUAGAAAAUUCAGCAAUAAGAAAAUACUCCAAGGAAAACCCCUUUGAUGAGAAAUCUUUCAAGUCGGAUAUCAUAAAUCUCAAGCGGGGAGGAAGCAUCUAUGUUUUCUGUUUCGGUUAUGCAAAGAUUCAGACUACCAAAUACAAGAAUUUCAUCAUGAGCUCUCUCACCAAAGACAACUUCAGCAAGGUUUACAUCGGAGGAUUUAAUAGAGAGCUGUCGAAGGCUGUAGGGUUUACCCGAGAAAAAGAACUCAGACCUGGCCUCCAUGAAGUUGGAGUUGUGCUUGAUAGUGACGAUGUUGGUGUUAUUUUAACUGACAAAACCGAGGCUGAAUUGCUCACUAAGCUUCGCGAAUAUGAAGAACUAGAUUUUUCAAAGCCAGGCAACAUGCCAAUGAAAACGCUGAAUUUUGAUAAAGAUCAAGUUCUGCCUUUACCUACCAGGACUAGUGCAAGGAAAUUGUUUCCCCUUCUACGGGACCUAAAAAUGCCUGUUAAACUGAUUAAUAAUGCCGGUCAAACGUCCAUUAAGCUGACUGAAAAUUUUAUUGUUUGUGAAGAGAGAGUACGCGUGACAGAGAAUGCCUCUAAAAUUUUGAAACAUCUCAAACAGAAGAUGUUCAAUUAUGUCAUUGUGCCGGUUUGCCGCUGGACUGACUCCUAA